AUGGAUUUUGAAGAUGGUGCUAAAAGGGAGCUUCAGAAAGUUGUUGGUACAAAAAAAUCAAAGGGCUUUCCUCUUGGUGGGAGUAGGACUAGUCUAGCUUCUAUGGAGUCCUUGUCCAUGCCUCAGGUUCAAGAGGUUGUUCUCUCUGCAGACAUGCAAUGUGAAAAGUGCCAGAAGAGGGUUACUGACAUUAUUGCAAAAAUGAAUGCAGAGACAGAGUCCAUGGUGAUUAAUGUUUUGGAAAAGAAAGUGACACUCACUUUCAAAUUACCAUCUAUGGGGAAACUCACCACUCGACAAAUUACUCACGUCAACAGGAACUCUCUCCCCAAAGUUGCCAUCAUCAAACGGAUAUUUCGCAGUGGUUGA